GGCAUACAUUUCAGGACUCUCUCCUUUUUUUUGUCCAAAUUUUAUAUAUUUUUCUCCCUAUAACUGACCACACAAUAACAAGAGCUGAUUUUUACAAGUCCAUCAAGAGGUUAAAAGGCAGGUACUUUUCAGGGGGUAAGAUAAAAAUGAGGAGUUGUUAUUUUCCAAUGUUGUAAGCGAUAUUAAUAUAAAAGUAUAGUAAUAUGUCUAGGGACGUUCUGUAAUUUCAGAGGCUUUCAGAUUUUCCCAGGUUACUUCUGGUUGCAGGUUCAGAGACUUAAGGAUUUGAUGAUAUGUUAACCCUUACAUGUUUUGUGAUUAUACCCGACAUUUAAAGUGAUUUUUGUAUCUAGCACUAUAUCUAGGUUUAGCAAAUUAGGUUUGUCAGAAUGAAUAUUGUGCAGUCCUAGUUUGUCUUUUUGGCUGUAUAAUAAGCUUUAUGUAUAUGCUACUUUGUUGCUUGUAUCUGUCAGUAUGUACAGCAAAUACAGCAUGGUUUUUAUAUGCCUUAGACAAUAGUAAUACUAAUUUUGAAUUUGUACAUUUGUGGGUUUCUGCCAAAGGUUAUAGGACAGUAUUAUCUUGAGUGGCUUAGAUCUUUUGAUUAAUAUGGCAAUAUACUCGGUACUUUAUCCUGCUGAUAAGUGUAUGACAUAGCACAGCAAUGACUGGUAACACAGCUAAUGUUAUAGCCAUAGACAGUAUAAUAUGUGUUAGGAUCCUACUGUACUAGGUAUUGCCAUUUUAGGAAUUUGUAUUUCAUUGUGUAUGAUUUUUUAUUGUAUAGUUAGUAUAGAAUAUUUGUUGGUAAAAUUCCCUUGGGGUAAAAGUCAAUUGUUGGGUAAUUCUGCAUAGUCUUUUAAGACACCUCUACAGCAAGAGCAAACAUGCCUUCUCACUACAGCCACCAAUCCAUUAUAGUCCUUGCUCUUUUCGGUAUUUUGGCUGCCAUCAUGGCCUCUCUUUCGGUUAUCUUAAUCUUCCAAGUUCAAACUGCUACAAAACAAGGGGAGCUCACUGCUGGGUUAGGCCCUGCCGCUGGUAGGAUCUUACUGCCAGCUUCUGCAGUACUGGCUGCCCUAUGUCUUGCACUCAAUACCAGUUGCCUAUUGCUGUGCCUGCUCCAUUCCUAUUUCACUGCUGAGGUUUGUCGGGAGGACCCAGAUUCCAGGAGGUGUGAAUGGUUUCUGCUUGAUAACCGGAGUAUACGGCAAUCCGCAGUCUGCCUGUUCUGUCUUGGACUUUCACUUUACUUGGCAGCUCUUUCACUCUACAUACUAAUCCUGUUUGAAAUGGAAACAGGAAUAGCCAGCUCCUGUAUUCUCAGCAUGGGUUCUAUUUUUAUGAUAGUAACAGUGGCUCAUACACUACAUAAAGCUUCACAGAUCACCUGCCAGAACCACGACCAGGCAGCAAGUACACUCUAUGAAAAUGAUUCAGCCAACGACGCAGACCUUAAUGAUUCUACCCCUUCUUCUGACCUCCAUAAUGAUAAAGAAAUGACACCAGUACGGCCACAUCCGGAGAUCCACCGUGAAUUCUCCUACCCGCCAUUUCUUCAGCAGCAACAACUGAAACCCCAAACUCUUUCUCCACUUUUCAACAAUGCACAGCGGGCUGUGAAACAGAGUGAGAGCAUGUGCAACAGCAACAGGGACGAGCGCUAUAACAUUCCUAGAAUGCAGCGAACACUUUCUGUUGAAUCUGGACUCACACAACCAAACACCAGACCCUGGAAUGGUGGAACACAAGAGAUGAGAACAAUGGUACUAAGAAAACCAGGAGUGAUCGGGAAGGACUCCACAUUAGUAUGAACUCUUUUAGUUGGGCACUAUACUCAUUAUUGUGUCUUAUGAAUCAACUUUGUUUACUAUUGAGAGAGGAAGAAAACUCACUAAAUACGGUUUAUAACUAUGUGUUUAACCAAAGACAUCAUCAACAAAAUGGAACUUUAAAUUGAAGAACUGCAUAGCAGCAGCUUGUUAUCACAAUCUAAGCUUACAUUCUUUACUGGAACCACCACCAUCUCUGAAAUGUAUCAGGAUACAAUUCAGCAAGACACAUAAAUGAUACAAAUCUAUGAUUUUUAUUUUAUUUUUAAAGCUUUUUGUGUUUUAAGUUUUGAAAUACCGUAUUUAUCGGGGUAUACCACGCACCGGCCUAUAACACGCACCCUCAUUUUACCAAGGAUAUUUGGGUAAAAAAAGUUUUUUACCCAAAUAUCCAUGGUAAAAUGAGGGUGCGUGUGUGCGCGUGUAUACCCCGAUACAC